GUUGGCCGGCGAUAAAUAUUAGUGAUUAUAUAGUUGUCGCACGACGUUUGAGGGGAAAACAAGUGAAAACUCUUGUUUACUAAGUCAUUUUCGGAGCCAUGUCAGUGGGAGUACUAGCUGGAAAAGUGGCCCUGGUAACAGGCGCCGGAUCAGGAAUUGGUCGUGCCACCUGCCGUCUUUUGGCCAGAGAUGGUGCCAAAGUGAUCGCUGUAGACCGCAAUCUAAAGGCGGCCCAGGAAACCGUACAGGAAUUGGGCUCUAAUCGAUCCGCCGCCCUGGAGGUGGACGUUUCCUCUGCCCAGAGUGUCCAAUCCUCGGUGGCCGAGGCCCUAAAGAAGUUCCAGCAGGCACCCACUAUUGUGGUCAAUUCGGCUGGAAUAACCCGAGAUGGUUACCUGCUCAAGAUGCCCGAACGGGACUACGAUGACGUAUACGGGGUCAAUUUGAAGGGCACCUUCUUGGUUACCCAGGCCUAUGCCAAGGCCAUGAUCGAGCAGAAACUGGAGAACGGCACCAUUGUGAACCUCUCAAGCAUCGUGGCCAAGAUGAACAACGUGGGCCAGGCCAACUAUGCGGCCACCAAGGCGGGAGUGAUCUCCUUCACGGAGGUGGCCUCGAAGGAGUUCGGAAAGUUUGGCAUCCGGGUGAACUGCAUCCUGCCCGGCUACAUAGACACGCCCAUGGUGGCGGUCGUGCCCGAUUCCGUAAAGCAGCAGGUGGUGCAGCGAUGCCCCUUGGGCCGAUUGGGUCAGCCGGAGGAGAUCGCCGAGGUCAUUGCCUUCUUGGCUUCCCCGCAGUCCUCCUACGUCAAUGGAGCUGCCAUCGAGGUCACCGGGGGCCUCAAAUAAUCGUGAAAUACAUAUAUGCAAUGCAACUUUCGCAGAUCCUUAGGCUUCUAACACGCAGCUUGUUUAGCUUAUACUUGCCUGGUUGUUCCAUUUUAGAAAAAUGGAUUUCUUAUAUACAUAUAUUGCAAGAGUGGAACCAGAUUACUGCAUUUACUCGUCAAGCCAUUAGUAAAAAGUUUUUUUUUAAUAAAUAUAUAAAUCAACGUUAACAUA